AUGCCUUUUAGUGCACUCACUUUCCAACCAUCUGUAAUUUUAAACUUAGGUAUAGAUAAGUUUUCCAUAGAAGCCAAUAAAACUUUUUCUCAGAUAAUGUACUCUGAUUUUCAAAAUUGGCAUAAAAUCUACACUGAUGCUUCAAAAACAGACAUGAGCCCUGUUGGUGCUGCAGCAUGGAUUCCUUCAACAAGAAUUAUACUCAGUUACAGCUGCCCAUCUAUCACUUCUGUUUUCACUGGGGAAUCAAUUGCCAUUCUUGAAGCAAUUUUAUUUGUUAAGGCUCAUGGCAUGAACAACUCUAUUAUUCUUUCAGACUCCAAAAGUUGCCUUCAAUCAAUACUGUCAAAUCCAUUUAGGUCUAAAAGUCAUUUUCCAAUUAUAUUUAAAAUAAGGGAAUCUUUGAAAGAAUGCUAUGACCUCAAUAUUAACAUCGUUUUAGCAUGGAUUCCAGGUCACUCAGGCAUUCUUGGUAACGAAAAUGCAGAUGCCUGUGCGAAGACAGCUAUUGCAACAGGUUCCCUCCAAUACUCAAAAAUUUUCUCCCAUGACUUGCGCACCAUCCUGAAACCCACAUUGCAUGAGAAUUGGUCCAGCAUUUGGCAAGUUUCCAAAAACUCUAAAGGCAAAUUUUAUGGAGAUCUACAACCCGUAAUUCCUCAGAAACCUUGGUUCUCGAAAUUUAAAAUUCCCAACAAGUCAGUAAUUUCAACUAUUUGUCGUCUACGUUUUAAUCAUGCUUGUACCCCAGUAUUUUUGGCUAAAAUAAGAAUUAGGGACAAUUCCUUGUGUGAAUGUGGUCUAGAUGAGGGAAACGUGGAUCAUUUAUUCUUCAAUUGCCCUUUAACACAACCUUCUUUAUACAAUUUUAUACCUCCUGAAAUUCCCCGCCCAACUUCCUUUAAAUGUCUCCUCUCCCUAGUUUUCACUCCUUUUGUAUAUAUUUUGUGUAAAUAUAUUAAAAUAAAUAAGAUUAAGUUGUAAAUAGCACUAAGUAUAAGAAAAUAAAACUUGUUUCAAUCUUAAGCACCGAUCAAUACCAUUAAAAUUAGUAAAAGAAUACUCUAAGCUUGGUGGUCUACCUUAACGUGACAUUGGCAAACUUGUGGUAUACCUUCCACAGGAGCCAUAGUAGGAAGAAUAGUAUAGAAUAAAAGACCAUAUUGAAACUGCAUUAUUUCGCUUGGGCCUACUCUCGUUCUAAGCGUUUUUAUUCUAAGCUAGUAAGGAUAUUUUAAAAUAAUGUCCACAGUACUGUAAGAAACAAGAAAAACAUGCUAUUAUAGGCAUGUUUUUGUAAAUCAUUAGUUAACAAAACAACGGACCAGGGUCAUUUACAACACUAAGUACUUAUCGAAUUUUCGCGAAAUUUGACUUACAGUGUGCAUAAAUUUAAUGAUAAUUUAUAAAAACGUGCAAAUGAUUUUCUGUAACACACUUAACCAUUUUACUGCGUACAACUUACUCGAAUGGUCGUGAACAGUUUGUUUCACAGUGGUGGGGUAAUUUCAUCAACUCAUCAUUAGCAUCUAGAAGCUGCCAUAUUUAAGGAAAUCUAAUAAUACUUGGAGUCUCUUUUUUCUUCUAAGCUUUGGAAUGAAGUCCAUUCCAAAGUUAAAUUUACAAUAAAACAAGCAUUAAUAAUAAUACUUUAAUAUGUUUACUUAUGUAAUAGUUACGCGGGCUCCACCCCAAUCAGGGAUACAGUAGGUCAAAAGUGGUUGGCAUAAGGCAAGGUAAGGUAUAGUUUUCACAGUAUUGGGUUCAGUCAAGUGUUGUAACAUCUCAAAUAUGUAUAUUAAUUACAAAUUAAAAAAAUAAUAAAACUAUAUAAGUAAAGAUCCUAA